GAAAGCUGAGAAAAUUAGGAUUCAGGGGACGUUUUAAACAUGUCUCUCUACUCCUCAUAAUCACGGAGAAAUGAAUCGAAACGCUUUAGGUGCGUCUGUAACACCAGCCCAGCUGCGUCUACAGUAAUGUUAGGCUUUUUUUUUUUUAUACCAUUCAUUGAUUUUGUUAUAAGCACUGCUGGCAGAAUUUUAUAUACAUAAACAAACAUAUGUAAAUUCAUCCCCAAUCUUUAAGAUGUUUAGAGUAGAAUUUGACUGCUUUAUGUCUUCACUGAAAUUGGUUUAAAAAAAAAAAAGAUAGAAAAAAAAGUCAUUGACGUGUUUAAAAUAUUUUGAUAUAAUUUUUGGAUCCCUGUUACCAUUUAAUGUAACACUUUGUUUUUGUAAUAUUGUAUGCUAUGCUAUGUUUGUUACUUGUUAUUUAAUAAAUAAUAAAAAUAAAUGAAAAAAAAGGUAAUAAUAAAAAAAAAUGCAUUGAUUGUGUAAGCUGUUAUACAUUCUAGCUAGUAACCUUAAUAGCUGCUAAUAGCUCUAGUGUUUUAUAGCUCAAAAAAACAAAAACGCUAAUGUGACUGUUUCUGUUAAGGGAAAGGCGUGCAAGGAGACAUGUCCCAGGCAGUGUUCAAGCCUAACAGACCAAAGAAAACUCCAGCUCUUCACAGAGUUUUAUGCUGUCUCUUAUGAGAGGCAGUAGGCUAUCAUUCUCUCUGGUUUGGAGCAGCACAAGGUGAGUCGCAGACGACCACGUGGGCCCAACACUGAGAAUACUAAGAGGAAGUACACCUUCAAGUACCAUGUGCAACAAGGAGGUCAAAGACUUGCUGUUUGUAAGCUCACAUUUAUGUCAGUCUUUCAACUGACCAACAGUCGCCUACAGGCCUCAUAGCAUUCAUCCUGCAGUGAGAGAGGGGAUAAGAGAGCACAUCCUGAGCUUCCCACACCAACGGAACCACUACUCACGGAUGAAGGGAGAUGUGGAGAGGGAGUACCUGAGCCCUGAUUUAAACCUGCUCCGCAUGUUCCGCCUGUACAAGGAAAACAAUCCAGCAUCCACUGCAAAGUUCUGGCUCUAUAGGGACAUCUUCAAGCAGCAAAACCUCAGUUUUGGGCAGCCAAGAAGUGAUACUUGUGCAAAAUGUGACGCCCUGUUCUCAAAAUUAGUAGCUACUACAACAGAUGGAGAAAGGUUGAAGAUCACAGCCAAGAGUGAGCUUCACCACCGGAAAGCCGAAAAAGCAUACACCCAGUUGCAGGCUGACACAGAGUGGGCCAAAGCCAAUGAUGACUGCCAUGUCGUUUGUAUCGACAUGCAGGGGGUAGUGUACACGCCAAACCUGACACACUCCAACGUGUACUAUCAACGGCAGCUGGCCAACUACAACCUCUGUAUCCAGGAGAUGGGCACUGACAAACCUCCUACAAUGUGCCUCUGGCAUGAGGGCAUCGCUCACAGAGGUUCCAUCGAGGUGGCAAGCUGUCUUUUGAAGUGGGAAGAAACAUCUUUCGCUCCCCUAGUCCAGGCAAAGGAACGGAAGCUCAUCAUCUAUAGUGACCGAUGCUGUGGGCAGAACAACAACUGGCGAGUCCUAAACCUCAUGGCCCUACUCGUAUCUAGAGGGUACUUCAGUCAGAUAGAGCAGAAGUUCAUGGUGUCUGGUCACUCCUUCCUUCCCUGUGACCGUUCAUUUGCCACGCUGGACAAGAGGCGUAAGGUGUCCACACUCCACACCCCCAGCGAUGUCGCCGAGAUGAUCCGUGGAGCCAGGCAGCUGCAUCCAUUUAAAGUAAUUGAGAUGAAAUGUGCGGACUUCAGGCAGCUCCCUGAUGCAACAUUAAAGCAUCCACCUGGCUUCCUAAUCACAUCCAUGAUGUGGUUGAAAGUGACAGCUACUGAUCCAUGGUGUGUCCACACAAAAGGGAGCCACAGCCUCUACGAGGGAUGGAAGCAUUGGCUGAUCACCAAACAGAGGAAGAAUCAACCACCUCCAGCUCCCUUGUUCUCCACCACGUAUGCUCGUGCUUACGAGGACCCUUUGCCCAUCAAGAAGGAGAAGCACCGUGACCUUAUGAAAAUGCUAGCCUACAUGCCAGCGGAGGCCCAAGCAUUUUAUGGGACAUUAGAAUGUGAAGAGUAGCCUGGUAUGUGUAGGUCAUGUGCAGGGAAAGGUGGGAUAUAUUGUGUAUGUUGUGUGAAAUUAAUCAUAAAAGUAGUUGUAGCUUAUCUUGUAUGCCUUAUCUUAUGUUGUAUAAUAGGAAUAUAUAGGUAUUUAUUUUAUUUUAUUUAGAACCAAAAAAAGGAAGACGUACACUGU